AUGACGACACAAACUUUAUAAAUGAGAGGCCGUGUUACGCGAGCUAUCAGUUGAUUCAUAAACACCGCGAAACGUUCGGCUACAGUGAGAGCCAACGUUACACCUACGAACUGUUAAUUAAGUGUUUGUGUCCGCAAAAACAUGCCGUGUCCAUUCCUGGGAUCCCUGAACCAAGCGUUCGUGAGAAAUUAUGGUGCUGGUCUCCUGAAGCAGUACGGCAGCUUCUGUCCCGCUCUCACCAGGGGCUUCCGCACCCUCGGCAACGACGAGACCAAGUGCCCCUUCAUUCAAAAUAAUGGGCCAAUUAUCUCCGAGGCCCCUAAGGAAAUGACCGAGGACAUCAAGCCCGAGCCCGUGGGACCGUACAAGUACGACAGCUUCUUCCACGACCAGAUCAGCGCCAAGAAGAAGGACUACUCGUACCGCGUGUUCAAGAAGGUGUCGCGGCUGGCGGCGGACGGGCUGUACCCGGCGGCGCUGGAGGGCGCGGACAACCGCCGCGUCACCGUGUGGUGCGCCAACGACUACCUGGGGGCCUCGCGCCACGCGCGCGUGCAGGACGCCGCCGUGGCCGCUAUCCGCAGCUACGGCACCGGCGCCGGCGGCACGCGCAACAUCGCCGGCAACUCACAGAUGACCGAGAAACUCGAGGCCGAGAUCGCCAAGCUGCACGACAAACCCGCUGCACUGAUAUUCAGUUCCUGCUUCGUUGCCAAUGAUGCCACAUUGUCAACCCUAGCUAAGAUACUGCCCGGAUGCAUUGUCUACUCGGAUGCUGGCAACCAUGCCUCCAUGAUACAAGGCAUAAGGAACAGCCGUGCCCCUAAGCAUAUAUUCAGGCACAAUGAUCCCAACCACUUGAGGCAGUUACUCGCCGAGUCACCUGCCGGAGUCCCCAAGUUGGUGGUGUUUGAAACUGUUCAUUCAAUGAGUGGAGCAAUUUGUCCUCUUGAAGAAAUGUGCAAUAUUGCACAUGAGUAUGGAGCCCUGACGUUUGUGGAUGAAGUGCAUGCAGUUGGACUCUACGGCAAACAUGGUGCGGGUAUAGGAGAAGAGAGGGGCAUAGCACACCUCAUAGACAUAGUGUCAGGGACACUAGGUAAGGCUUACGGCAAUGUUGGGGGUUACAUUGCCGGUUCAAGCCUUUUGAUUGAUACAAUCAGAUCUCUCGCCCCCGGCUUUAUAUUUACGACUGCACUGCCACCUCCGGUGUUGGCUGGAUCCCUGGCUGCCAUUCGACUGUUAGCCAGUGAAGAAGGUAGAAGCCUGAGAGCCAAACACCAAGCUAUAGUAAGAUACUUGAAGCUGUCUCUGCUGGUAGCAGGUCUGCCGCAAAUGCCUUCUGUGAGUCACAUAGUUCCAGUUCCUAUAAAGGGAGCGGACAAGGUGGCGCUGGUGGCGGAGUCGCUGAUGAAGCGCGGCCACUACGUGCAGGCCAUCAACUACCCCACGGUGGCGCGCGGCACGGAGCGCCUGCGGUUCGCGCCCGGCCCCUACCACACCACGGAGAUGAUCGACAAACUCGUCGCCGCCUUGAUCGAAUCAUUCCACGAAAAUGAUAUAAGCUUUAACCAGUUUGUGGAGAACGGAGCCUGCCGAGAGUGCAGCAUGGAGUACAAAAUGGAUAUCGCGUAUGAGGAGCCAUACAAAUAUCCUAUGCAAGUAGCAUAAUUUAUUUAAUCUAAUAAAAAUAUGUUAAAAAUCUUUAACCAUGACAUUUUAUCAUGAUUGUAGCCAAUUUUAAAAAGGUAUAAAAAAUAUAAAUGUUGUAAUUAAAAUAGAUUUUAUUUGAGUUAUUCAUGUCACUAUUUAUUGAUGGUUCAUGGUUCACGUUGUGGGUACAAUAUAGAUGUUGGUAACGUU